AUGACCUCUCGUACCGCUAUUAUGUACGAAAUGAAACAGCCGGAUGUACAGCUGCAACCGUUCAUCUCCGAGGACUCGAAGCAUACUCAUGAGAUCGGCAGGACGCGCAGAGAGCGGCAAGAAUGGAGAACAACACUGUUUUCCUUCGUUGUUCUGGCGUGCGUAGUCCUCAUCAUUAAUACUGGAUUUCUCGCAUGGGCAGUUCACAGCAGAGGCAUCACAGGUGGACUUGGCGUACUCUACGAAGCAUCUUGCGAAGCCACGAAACGAGCGAACAUUGGUGUGCAUCUUUUAAUUAACAUUUUAAGUUCUGCUCUACUAGGCGCCAGCAAUUAUUGCAUGCAGUGUCUCUCGGCGCCAACUCGACCUGAGGUAGACAAGGCACAUCAAAAAGGCAAUUGGCUGGACAUCGGCAUACCAAGUCUUCGCAACGUUGUCUCAUCCAAUUUCGGGAUGCGAAAGAAAAUCUGCUGGUGGAUACUAGCUAUAUCUUCACUGCCGUUACAUUUCUGCUACAACUCGGUAGUGUUCAUGUCUCUUUCCGCCCAGGCAUAUGGUGUGAUACAAUUUGGGCCAGAAGCCAAGGCUGCGAUCGAGAACGGCUCUUUCGCUGGAUCGCGCAAUAUAACACAACAAUCUUCUAAUGCCUACCUCAAUGGACUCAUGCAUUCCCAGGCUUUCGAAGCUGGACAGUUGGAGGAGUUGAACCUACUUGAAUGCAUUGAUGCGUAUAGCAACAGUUUUCAAUCUGCGAGAGGUAAUGUCUUCCUUGUCGUGGACGAGGGUGUCAUGGAUACCAAUGAAGCAGCUGGGAUCUUUCCUUCAAUCAUACGCUCCGGCCUUUGUUCAGCACAAACUGGUACGGCGUGGGUGUACCAACAAUUCAAAUCGGAGAGAGGCGGCUGCUUUGAACAGGAGGCGAACCGGUUUUUGCCAAGAUUGAGGGCCGAUCCCUCUAUCUGGUCACCCCUCCUCGGCCUCCCCGUAAAAACAGGUUUGAGUGAGCCUACUGGACAGAAGUGCAAGUUGAACUUCAGCGUCCAUCUUGCGAUAGUAGUCAUUGUCUUCAAUGCGAUUAAAGCUCUGACUGUUCUUGCUGGACUUUCAGUACUCCGGAAUGAUCCAAUGCUGACAGUCGGCGAUGCGGUGGUAUCCUUCCUCCAGACACCUGACCCUUCUUCAUACAACAUGUGCCUGGUAUCGCAAAGGGAUAUCCACAGCACUAAGCUGCGGUGGCGAGAGCUGCAACAACCACGGGAGUACACGAACAGGCGAUUUAAUUGGGCUUCAUCAGUCAAGGAAAGAAAGCGAUUGAUGGUUUGGCUUUCAUUGUUCGCAGCCAUUGUUAUUCUUUUCGGUCUCUUCAUUUUCGGUUACUCGUCCAUCCAAGGUCAGAAGGAUAUAGGCAGUGUUCUCCGCAUCGGCCUCCAAAGCGUUGAUCCCCGAACAAUCGUCCAAAGCUACAUGGCGCACUCCGGUAUCGCUGGAAUCUUGGAGAACGUAAUCGUAGCCAACAGUCCACAAGUCAUCAUCUCUCUUGUCUAUUUUUCCUACAACGGGACAAUCACCUCUAUGCUCCUCGCACAUGAGUGGUCAGGCUUCUUCGGACACGCCAUGGUCAACAAAGAAGCACAUACUUUUUACAACUUCCGUAUCGCUACGCGCUACCCCUACUUGGCUUUUCAGUCCUACUACACUGGCUAG